AACUUACGAUACUGCAUGGACUAUUAUAGCAUGCUAUGAGUCCUUACUACAGUUAUUGAGAUGUGUACAGUCAUAAUGCAUAAUAAGCCCCAUCAGUCAGCCUGAUGUUUUAAGAUUGUUGAUACAGUGCAUCAGAAAGUGAUAUGAAAGUUUAUGAGAGUAGUUAUAAACCAUUAUGAAUGCAUGAUAAUACACCAUGAACGUUCCCAUAAUGAAUUAUAGAUGUGGUGCAAAUAUUUUUUUGAUAAAAAUGUUUGACUAUCCAGUGCAUAAGGCUGUGACCUCAAAAAGUAAGGAAAGUAAGUAUAUACUUAGAUAUACAAAUUCAGUACUUCAGGGAUAGUUCUGGUUUAUUACAAAUCUGGUCUUAUUUUCAUAGUUUUGAUCAUCCGUUCCUUUCAGUGGACGUAACAACAUUGUACCCAUCUAAGUAAUGGGAUAUCUGGGAAUACACACUACCACAACCUGAUUUUCCGCUCAGGGAUCAAUAAAAAUUUUAUGUUAAUCAAUAAUGUUCCAUUACAAUAUAUUGGAUGAUUGCUGCUUAAGUCGGCAAACGAAUGUAGACAAGAAAAAAAUACAAUAUUUGUCUCUGAACUGAAGUGGAGUACAAGUAUAAAGGAGCAGAAAAUUGAAAUAUUCAAGUAAUGUACAAGUACCUAAAUUCCUAAGUACAGUACUUUGUGUGUCAAUUUGAAAAGUUAAUGCAAUAAACCAGCUGCUGGCCUCAAGCUGUAAUAAACUUAAGUUAUCCAGAUUCCGAAGAAAUCAAAGUGUUGAAGGUGGAGCCGUAAAUCAGCCACCGGUGGUCAGAGCAGUUGGAGGAUAAAUCAGCAGAGACAGGACAUGUACCAUUAUAAACCCUCUGGCAUUUCCUGUCUCACGUCCAACGUGCUCUAUCAUCUAAAUCUGACACGAGGUAAACACACACACGCGCACACAGGCCUGCUUUCUGACAUCACUGUAACUGACCUCCGUUAUUAAAUUCAGAUCUUUUAAAGUCCCGUUAGCUCAAACUCUCUUGAAUCUCUUUGCGCGCUGAUAAUCUUAUCUCAGACUAAACUGAGAUUCAGCUUUAAUUCAGCCUUAAUCUAAUUCUUAAUCUGACAUGCCCACUGUCUUUCAUCUCCUCGUACCUAAUCUCAGCCCUUCAAUGAUUUCUACCCUGUUACCCUAUAACAUGACUACAUUUUAAUUCUGUGUUUUAGUAAAUGUUGACCCCCCGAUGAUGAAAGCGUCUCUCUCGCUCUUUCUGUUCAAAGAAACAGCCAGGAAUAAACGCGUGUCCUGUUUCCACUUUACCUUAAAAUCUGAUUGGAUGGAUGCACUGAUCUUCAUUCUGACUUACUGUAUAUAGUUGUUGAUGUACACAAUUUAUCUGGGCUAUCAUCCAACCACUGUGCAAGUUAAUAACUCUGCUGUGUGCUUUAUGUGGGCCUGUAAAGAUGGCUUGAUGGGAAUUUAAGAGAACACACAGACAAUGUGUGUGUGUGUGCAUGUGAGCAUGGAUUAUCCCCUUUGUGCUUGUCAGCAGCGUCAUAGAGGAGGUCUUAGGUCCUUAGGUGUCCAACAGCAAGUCCAUCUCGGCGUUCUAUUAUUUUACAAAGCUCUCACCACCGACUUAAAGCCGGUCUGAGAUUUACUCUUGUCAGACCUUUUUCUCAGUCACUCUGUUCUUAGCUUCCUCUGUCGUGAUGUUUGGAAAGUCUGUUGAGUCGGGUUCCUUGCCCUUCGUUUGUACCCCGAGGAUCCAUCUUUUAACGCUUACCUCAACAUCAGCCGUAACUUGUGCGUUUAAAAUGUUUGCGGAGGAUCAGAAGACGCAAUUAUAAUGUCAUUGUGGGCUUAGAAAGCAGGAGUCACAAAUCCCAUAGACCUCAGAAUGAGCAAUUUUACUAAAUAAGGACUUUUUCGACAUUUCACCACACCUGUAUUGUGCUUGCUUGUUUCAGUCUUUCCUGUUUUACUGCUUUUUGUAUUGGCUGGGAUUAUCGCAUUUCUGCAUCAGCUCCCGGAGGAGUUACUGUAUUCCCCUUUUAUGCAAAGCGACGCAGCGACAGUUUAAAAAUGGCUGUUUUCCUCAGCAAUGCUGCAUUUUAUGAACUGAGCUCCUGAGGGUCUAAUCACAUUUUCGCCAGUCCUUGUGUGUAUAUGUGUGUGUGUGUGUGUGUUUGGGACACACUGGGUCCCCCUGCCUGUCUUCACUGGCAUUGUGUGUGUUUUGUGUCUGUGAGAGAGUGUGAGAAAAGCAGAGGAAAACAGAGAAAGAGGCCUCCGUUGCCUCUGGCAGAAAGCGAGUCUUGCAUUUGAACUGUGUACAGUACACACAUUAAUUGUGUUUGCUUUACAUUAGCCUAAUGUGAGCCUAACUUUUAUUUAACAUCUCUUAAAACUUGGUGCGCUCAGAUCUUGGUUGGAACAGCCAAAAGAGAAGCAAACACCCAAGACCAAUGUGAUUUUCAUAGCAUCUUGAACUAAAAGGGCUGUAAGUCAUUUUUAAUUUUAUGAACAUGGAGUUUGUCAUCACUAGCAGAAACAGAUCUAAUGGACACACAAGGCUUUUGAGAUUGGCGUCGAAGUAACACCUAUUUGCUUUCUCACAACUUCACAUCCUUCUUAGAAGGCUGAAUCAGACACAUGCACCACAAAAAAUCUUAACAGACGGUUUUAAAAAAACUGAUUGGCAUCGGCCAAGAGAUCCUUUUUGUCUCGGCUAAUUUGCUAUUUCAAACUGCCCGACAUGCAAAACAAAGACAUGUAUUCAUGCAAUAAUCUAAUUUAUCAGAUAAAUGUAAUGGAAGCACACUGGAGACAGAUUAUAUGUGGAAGGAUGACAAACGGUAAUCGUUAUCAUGUCUUGGGACUGCAGACAGCUGUACACAAAUGAAUUUUUUGGUUUGAUUAUUUAUUUUUUACAGACUUCCACUUUGUGUCACAUCCAGCUUUUCUCUGCAUCAGUGAAAACAGUGUGAAAUGUGACACUGAGGGGGGCGGGUCAUGUGAAACUCCGCCUGCUUGCUGGUUGGCACAAAUGAGAAAGGGGGAGGUGUGUGUGUGUGUGUGUGUGUGUGUGUGUGCAGGCUGCGAUGUGCAGUGACAGCUCAGUAAGCCGUCUGAAGCGCUCGGCUGUGGCGGAAUGGGCUGCCUGAACUUCCACUGUGAUGUUCUCUGACAGAAGAUGUGUCUGUGUGUGAAUGUGUUUUAGCUGUGUAUAUGAGUGUGUGUGUGUGUACACAUGUGUAUCAGGGAGCAUACAUGUACCGGCAACACGAUGGCUCUAAACCGAGUGUCUCAACUCUGUCACGAUAUCACCAGGCUGUGGCUGCAGCUGAAGAUGAUGACAGAUGACAUUCUGCAGAGGGAUGAUGGUCCUCUGUGUGCAGCAGAAAUUGGCUCAGAACUCCAGAAGCAGUUUGCCAUCCUGCCAGGGGGCCGUGGGAUGAACGGGAGCCCCAUCAUCGUCUUCCCAGAAUUCCCAGCUUUCGGCGAGCUGGAGGAGGGAGAGGUCCAGAAUGUCCUUGACUACCUCACCAGUGUCCCCAGUGUUGCAGCAUCAGGAGUGGGUUUCAUCCUGGUCAUCGACAGACGACUGGACCGAUGGGCCGCCGUCAGGGCAACCCUGCUCCGCAUCGCUGGUUCAUUUCCAGGGAACUUGCACUUGGUUCUGGUGUUGCGUCCCACUACUUUCCUCCAGCGGACUCUGUCAGACUUCCUGUUCAAGUUCAACAAGGAUGAGUUCAAAAUGAAGGUGGUGAUGCUGAGUUCAGUGACUGAGCUCCACGCCUAUAUCGACCCAGGACAACUGACCACAGAGCUGGGAGGCACCCAGGAGUACUGCCAUGACAGCUGGAUCUCACACCGCACUGCAAUCGAGGCAUUCGCCCUCAUGGUGAAGACUACGGCUCAGACCCUGCAGGCGUUUGGCACUGAGCUCGCGGAAACGGAAUUACCUAACGAUGCCGAGGCCACCACCAGCCUGCUGUGCACACACUCUCUGAAGAAGGAUAAAAUGAAGGAGGACCUACAGGUGGCGCAGUCUCAAGGGGGACGUCUGUUGGAUUGUAUCAACGAGCCUCUACAGACAGACCCGGAAUACAGCAUGACUUAUGAUGAAGUGGAAAACUUAGCUACUGUACAAAGACUGCUGGGUCAGCUGGACGAAACGGAGACAGCGUUUGAUGAUUUCUGGGAGCGUCACCGCACCAAGCUGGAACAGUGUCUACAGCUCCGCCAUUUUGAGCAGCACUUCCGUGAAGUGCGCGCCCACCUCGAUGUGAUGUCGGAGCGGUUGUCCGGUUUCUCUGAGGUCAGUGUGAGCCCCGCCCAUGCUGAGCACGUCCUGCGAGAGCUCGGCGGCCAUGAGGAAAAAGCCUGUGAUGUUCUAGACCGUGCCCUGUCCCUGGCUGGCGAAGGCGACAGGCUGAUAGAAAAUUCCCACUAUGCCGAGGACUCCAUCAGGCCGAAGUGCAGCGAGCUGAGGGGAGUGUGCGAGGAGAUCAGCUCCACUCUGAGGACCAAGAAGAGCCUCCUGCUCAGGGCGAUGGAGUUCCACCAUGCGCUGGAGAAGGCAUCCCGAUGGUGUGAGGAGGGCAUCUUCCUGUUGGCGAGCCAGCCGGUGGACCGCUGUCAGUCUCAGGAUGGGGCUGAAGCAGCUCUGCAAGAACUGGAGCGAUACCUGGACACCGCGCCGCUCCACACCCUCGCCGACCGCAACACCAUCUGCUGCCAGUACGAGGCGACGCUCACCCCUCAGCUCAGGGACCAGGUAGAGAGAGUUUUCCAGAAGCAAAGCUCAGUGCAGGAGAUGUUUGAGAAGAGGCGCAUCAGCCUGAAGAAGCUCGCCGCCAAACAGACCAGACCAGUCCAGCCAGUUGCGCCGAGACCUGAAGUGAAGUCUCCGCUCUCCUCUCCGAAUCAGCAGAGGAAAGAGAGAAGAUACUCUGCAGAUAACGCCAUCUGCAAAAAGGUGGAGUCUCCUGUACAUAAUGGUGGCACCAGGCAUGCCUCUCUCUCAGAAGAAGAAGAAAACCUGGCAGUGCUUCGGCGCCAUGUUAUGAAUGAACUGCUGGAGACAGAGAGAGCAUAUGUGGAGGAGCUACUGUGUGUGCUGGAGGGCUAUGCAGCAGAGAUGGACAACCCUGCCAUGGCUCACCUCAUCCCCAGCACCCUGCUAAGCAAGAAGGACGUUCUGUUCGGCAACAUGUCUGAAAUCUAUCAAUUUCAUAAGAGGACAUUUCUAAAGGAGCUGGAAGCGUACACUGACUGCCCAGAACUUGUGGGCCGCUGCUUUUUAGAAAGGAUGAAGGACCUGCAGAUCUACGAGGCCUACUGCCAGAAUAAACCCCGCUCGGAGAGCCUAUGGAGACAGUGCUCCGACUGUGCCUUCUUCCAGGAGUGCCAGAAGAAGCUGGAACAUAAACUCGGUUUGGACUCCUACCUCCUUAAACCUGUCCAGAGAAUCACCAAAUACCAGCUACUGCUUAAGGAAAUGUUGAAGUAUAGUAAGGGCUGCGAUGGCUCUGAUGACCUACAGGAAGCCCUUUCCUCCAUUUUGGGGAUCCUUAAGGCUGUUAAUGACUCCAUGCACCUCAUCGCCAUUACAGGAUAUGAGGGCAACCUGUCAGAUCUGGGCCGCCUGCUGAUGCAGGGCUCCUUCAGCGUGUGGACGGAGCACAAAAAGGGUCACGCCAAAGUCAAGGACCUGGCCCGCUUCAAGCCCAUGCAGAGGCACCUGUUCCUGCAUGAGAAGGCCCUGCUCUUCUGCAAGAGGAGAGAGGAGAACGGGGAGGGCUAUGAGAAAGCUCCGUCUUACAGCUUCAAACACUCCCUCAGUAUGAGUGCGGUGGGCAUUACAGAGAACGCCAAAGGAGACAAUAAGAAGUUUGAGAUUUGGUGUAACUCCAGAGAUGAGGUUUUUAUAGUCCAGGCUCCGACACCAGAGAUUAAAACAGCGUGGGUGAACGAGAUCCGCAAAGUUCUGACCCAACAGCUCCAAGCCUGCAGAGAUGCCAGUCAGCAGAAGAGCUCAGACUCUGUGUCUCCAAGUUCCACCAGCAACAACACCUCCACCUCCCUCAGUCCCUUUCGUAGCAGUGGUCAGAAAAACCAGAAGAAGCAGCAGCAGGAGGAGAAGAAGGCGGAGCCGAGCACGAUAUCUGAGGUCAACUCCUCUUCUUCACCGAAACACAAAGGUGAAGGUUUUAUGAAUGCUGCACCCAGGAAAUAUGUUCUUGUUUUGUCCAUAGUCCAAUUGAAAGCUGCAGUGGAAACUGAUCUGAACUCUUCUUUUCUUCACCACCGUCAUCUUCUCUAUGUCCUCAUUUUUUCUUAUUUUGGGCUACAUUUAUUUAUUUAUUUUAUAACUGCAACACUCUGUUAUUUUCCUCCCGCCUUCCAUUUCAAACCAUUGCUUCCAGAUGAACCAGUGACCAGUCCGACCACUGACAGGUCUUCAGUGGCUAAAAAGCGUUUUACUUUGCAGGGCUUCAGCAAUCUCAAGAGCCCGAAAGGCUCAGCCCUGAGCCCUGAGCAUGGCUCCAAACGUCACUUGGUCAAGAGUGACCCCACACCGUUUGGGUUCAAAGGCUGGAACAAGGCGUCUCUCUCGGUGGACGCCUCGGAAGAGAAUGAUGGGUACUCCAGCGGCGAGGACCCCAUGAACUCUGAUCCCGAGGAUGAAAUAGGAAAGAAGCUUGCUCCAGGAAAAUAUACGGUGGUAGCCGAUUGCGAGAAGGCGGGACCUCAGGAGCUGUCUGUCAAGAGUGGUGAUGUGGUCCAGCUGAUCAGAGAAGGAGAGGAGGGACAGUGGUUUGUGAAGAAUCUUCGCAGCAGUAAAGAGGGCUGGGUGGCAGCAGCGAACCUCCUCAGCCUCAUCUCAGAGUCCAAAUCAUCCCAGUCGCUCAGCAGCUCAGAUGGCAGCGUCUCCGGGAACCUCAGCACUUCUUCCAGCUGCAGUGAGACCUACACCAGCUACUCUGACAUCAAACCCUGACCCGCAGUCGCUGUCCAGGUGGAAUUACAAAACCUAAAGCUGACCCUGACAGGAGUCUGGGAUUUGACGUGUUCUUUUCAUCACAAAUCCACCUCAUAGCUUGUCGGAUCCACUGAAAAACCAAAGCAAUCAUCGUAUCUCUGCGUUAUGUUUCUGUCACUUACAGUAUUUACUGUCCCCUGUCUAACUGCAAAUGAGAAAUAGCUUAUUUAAACUCAGUAUUAUAAUCUCAUUUUACCUUCAAAAAGAUCUGCAUGUUGGUAGAAUUUUAAGGCAUUUGUACUGUUCAUUCCGUUGGCAGAAGGUUCAGAUAACUGAAAUAUCAGGGAAAAAUUGUUCCUCAACAUAUGCGUUUUGUGAUGCCUCACUUCCUGUCAGGUCGUCUUUAAAAAUCUCUGCAAACUCCAGAGAAAAGUUAAAUGUCUUUAAUCUCAUAGCUUCCUGAAUGUACAUUUUUCAGCGCUCUGUUUAACCCUCCUGAUUAUGUAGCAUCAAAGUGGACAAAUUUAAAGAGCAUCUGCACUAAGCGUGAGCCGCCUGCGGCUCGCAGUGCUGUCGCUAUCGACGUCAAGGUCGAUCACAUCGCAGCACAGCGACAGAUUCUUGUGUGAAACACCUACAGGUACAGAUACUACAAGACCUGGUGUCAGAUAUUAAUCGUACACUGUGAAAACUGGCAGCUGGCUGCAACAAGAACGAACGCUCUCGGCGCAUCCUGGAGCACCACUGUGCAGGUCAAACGUUUGGGUCUGGUUUGUCGCGGGUUCGAUCCCUGUAGGGGUUGAAGCAGUUGGUUUGUCACGCUGUAUUCCAUUAUCAUUGAUGCAAGCUUCCCAUAACCCUGGUAUUCUUAACUGCUAAUUAAAACGCAGAGUCAAAUAUCUCACUGGGUGAAUGUCACCAACAGCACUACCUGGUGGUCUUGCACUUCUCCAACACACAAGUACAAAUCACUUACACACAGAGAGCGGCAGCUUGGAGCAGCUACUACACCUCUUUAUUUUUAUAACUCACCUCUGAACUGCUCUGAAUUUACCUCUCAGGAAGCCCAAGAUGUUGUGUGGGCAGGCAGGUGUGACUGCAUACCUGCUUGUGUCAACAUACACGUCUUUGUGUGUCUCUGUGUGUGUGUGUGUGUGUGUGCACUCUUCUGAACAAACCCAACAAAAGGAUGUCACAAACCUCCAGAUGUGUGGAGAAGAUAGAGGUCAGACAGAAAGAGUCAUUCUGAACAACUGCUGGAUGCAUUUCAGGGUUUACUGAUGAUCGCAUUUUACCCAGGAGCCCCAUAACCUCUAGUUUAAAAAUCCAUACAUGUCAAUACACUGCAUUUAAAUCCACUUUUUAUUUCACUGCCACUGUGCUCACCUAUAUUUGGUCUGCACUGCAACAACAAAAGCAGGCUUUGUCCCCUCCCUGUGCUCCCAGCCCCGCUCAGGCAUGUGACACUCGCCACUUCUCUACAAGCAGGACUAACUGGGGCCCAGACCUUCGCAACAUGCUCGCGCCACCAGCCUUGAGAGCAGUAUUUGUUUACUUGACACCGUGAUGUAGCUAAAUAAUCGUCAUAUAAAACAAACAAAUAAUAAUAAUAAUAAUAAUAACGACAGAAGCCCCUAGUUGGCCUUGUUUUGGCCCUGGAGUGGAAAUGAGGAUGAAAUGCUGCGAUGCCCUUCUUUACACACACAAACAAUGAAGCUGUACUGCCCUCAAUGACACCUUUUUUUUUUCUUACCUUCUUUUUCAAGUGUUUUUUUUUUUUAUAUCCCAAGAUUUCUACUCUAUCUAAUCUAUCUGCAAAGCGCAAUGUAAAACAAUCUCUUCCUUUUUUCCGACUGUAAUGUUGAAUGUGGUGCUCUGUUAUUAAAAAGAGCAGAGUGCUGUUACAUUAAACCUAGCUCCACCUGUUUACUGUAUUUGCCCACCGGCAUAACAAACAUAACAAAACCACUGUUUCUUUGUUAGUUUUUUUUUUUUUUUUUUUCAAUUUACAGUCGAAUCACUCAAAGCGUGUCCUCUCUGGGAAAGGAAAGAUUGUUCUCCAGAAAAAAGGAAGAAACUAGUUUACAGGCCUUUCAAACUGUGAGCUGAAGCAGAGUAAACUGUGGCUGGCUUUACGUGUUGAUCCGUCUUAAGUUCUGUUGAAGACUGAGAAAUGUGUGUGUUCCACUUGUACAGAUGCGUCCUCUAUACCUCACGUUGUUUUCCUCGACAGCAUGUAUAUUGUGAAGGGGAUCAUGUUUCGUCGCUUUGUGUAUCGUCACUCUUUGUGGCAUGUUCUCCAUAGCCCCUGUUUUAGAGCUCUCGUGUUAAAAAAAAACAAACAAACAAACAAAAAAAGCCCUGGAUGAGGCAAGAUUUUUUACCAGACACUGUUGUAUUUUGUGAGUUUUCCUGCCCUCUUGAAAAAGCUGACGCGGGCACUAAACUUGUCAGUGUUUAAUCACGAUGACACAAUAAAGGUUAUUGAAUCAUUUGUACUUUUGACUCGGAGGAUGGACAGAUGACAAGGGUUAUAUUUUUUAGUUUCUUUUUAUGCAGCACAUUGCAGCAACUACCGUCUUUAUUUUCCUACUGUAUCUACUGAAUAUGGUGUUGAUAUGAAGAUAUUAUAAUGAGAAAUAUCUGUGUAUAUUUGUAAAUAUGUAAUUCUGUAUUGUAUGUAAAAUGAAAAGCAGCUUUAAUAAAGUCUGAGAUGGUUUCCUCUA